AAUAUUCAAAGACCUAAAUUUAAAAGGCCAUCUAAUUGGGCAAGGGGUCUUGGGUUCGAUACCUUUGCAUCUACACUGGUGACUUCAAAUUUAGCACACAGACGCUCAACUUCUGACUGAAACAGAUCAUAGAGGUCCGUCCGUCGUCCGUGCUCCUGUCUCUUCUUUAUAACAAAUAAGUGCUUCUCAGCGGUUCCUGUGGACCAUGUUUGUUUCUAGAGUAUCGCGGUUCGGAACUCAGAUGGUCAAGCAUCUCACAAAAGGUACAUUGACGUCUGCACCGAAGACAGGAAACUUACCUAAAGUUUCCAAUUAUUUUUUCCAUUCUCUGAAGCAUCAAACUUUCUCUACAACAACCGCUCAUGAGGAAGGGGAUAAAGUAGUUGAAGAAAUUUCUGUGACAUUUGUUGACAAGGAUGAAAUGGAGACGCAUAUUAAGGUUCCCAUUGGCAUGUCCAUGCUAGAAGCUGCUCAUGAACAUGACAUAGAACUUGAAGGAGCAUGUGAAGGAUCCUGCGCUUGUUCAACAUGUCAUGUGAUUGUGAGAGAUAUGGAGUACUAUAAUAAACUUGAAGAUCCAACCGAUGAGGAAAAUGACAUGCUGGACCUCGCUUUCGGGCUCACAGAGACGUCUCGACUGGGUUGUCAAAUGACUGCAAAACCUGAACUUGAUGGAAUAUGCCUUGAACUGCCCAGUGCAACACGAAACUUUGCUGUUGAUAGGUAUGCCAAGGCCACAUAGAGUUCUCCUGAUAGGAGAGAUUACCCCAUCUUGACUGAGAAACCAAAUGGAGCUUUGCCAAUCUUGUAGCAUGUCUUCCUUGGCAGUUUUUGGCUUAAGACAAUGAAGUAGCGACUUGAUGAAAUUGGUUGCGCCAAGAAUUUGGUUGAUUAGUUCAUUUGCCCCCACCAUCACUUUGUUGAAUAUGAUUAUCAUAUUAAUUUUCAUAAUUAGAAUCACUAAUGACAUUUUUGGA